UUCGGUUGCACUCGGCUCAUUUCGCCGAUCACAUGCAACAGGAUGAAUGAAAGGGUAUAUAUUUCAUCAGAAAAUGUGCGAAAACGGUUUAGUAAACAUGACAUUAGACUGAAAGACAAAACAAGCACGCCACCUGUUUUUGACAAGGCAAGUGUUCUUGUUCCACUUUUUCUAUUGGAUAGGGAAUGGCAUGUAUUAUUGACUGUUCGUUCUAAACACCUACGCUCUCAUUCAGGGCUAGUUGCCUUUCCUGGUGGGAAACAAGAUUCCAACGACCUUGAUGACAUUGAAACGGCCCUCCGUGAAGCUGAAGAGGAAAUUGGCCUUGAUCCAAAUAAAGUCGAGGUUAUUUCGGUGCUUCCAGAGUCAUUUAUCCGACCAAAUGUUAUGGUAACUGUUGUAGUUGGAAUCAUUCCUAACAAUUUUAAGCCUGUGAUAAACGAAUACGAAGUUCAUAAAGUUUUUAGCCUACCACUGAAGAGAUUUCUUAAAGAUGAUUAUACCACUCAAAAAUUCGAAAUUGCUGGAAACCAGGUUCAAAGUUAUUUUUUCAGUGAUGAGGUUGAUGGAAACACAAUCGUCACAUGGGGGUUUACUGCGUCUUAUUGUAUGUUUUCUGCUAUCAUUUUGUAUCAAGACUUUAAAAAAAGAUAUUAUGGGUAUUCCGAUAAAUAUGUAACCCUGGAUUGUCUUUGGCCGGAAAUUUCAUUUACAAAUUACUUGCUUGCUAAUUAUAAUUCUGCAAAAUUAUAGAUAGGAUAGUACAAACAAGUAAAAACAAAAUGAAGAUUCCGGAAACCGUCAAUUUAACGGCAUUAUAGGUUGAGAAAUUUUUUUUCGUCUUAGUUGUUUAAAAAAAAAUAUGUCAAAUUAUUACAUAAUCUCUAAUGAAAUAGCGAGUAAUGUAAUAUAUCUUUGUAUGAAACAAAAAAUUUUAAAAAUUAAAAAUGAAUUGUUA